GGUUGCUCUUGUCUCACACGCUGCUACGGAAGCGGGCCAUGAGAACGGUCCAUUUUGCCACUGCAGCGUACCCUCACAGAGACUGGGAAAGGAUUUUUGACAGGUUUCACAAGUGAAUGAAGAAGAUCAGUGGCAAUCCAAAAUUCAGCGCUGAUUACUCACCCAUUUUGACUUGGCAUGCUUGGAUGUGAAAAGUUGGUUGAAGAAGAACAGCAACACAGCAGAAAGUCAGCGAGACUCCAAGCAUAACAGAGGGAGUUCCCGAAGACGAACAGAGGAGAACAAAACUGUCUGAGAACAGCAGAGGGGGAGUGCAGAGAGACGUACAGAAGGAAACUGGAGAAAUUCAGAGGAGUGAAGAUUACAGUCACGUAAAGAGGAGAGAAGACAGAAGAAAAACGUGGCCAAGGAUGAGAGAGGAGGAGCAGUGUAAUGAUGACCACCCUGAGGGAGGGGUGAUUUCUAAUGAGGAAAACACUGCAAGACCGCUUUCUAACGCCUGUCCUGUCGUUGUUGCAACACCGGGGGUCACUGGGCGUAAACGGCAGAUGGGGUCACAUAUGGAGGAUCACCUUACCACGGUCACUCCCAUCACACCAGCAGAUGAUGGCAAGGUCAAGCCAGGAGAUGACAUCCAGAUCUACACGCCGACCGGACCCAAAAAACUCAAGAGGAGUCCUCAGCAUCGGCCACCUUCCUCUGGCCCAUCCCUUUCUCCUGUCCCAGGUCCAAGCCCAGGAGGUCUUUCAGCCCUUGAGGAUCCGCAUGCCCAGCGGGUCAUUGCCAACAUCCGGGAGCGCCAGCGGACACAGUCUCUGAAUGAAGCUUUCGCCUCAUUGCGCAAGAUCAUCCCGACACUUCCCUCUGACAAACUGAGCAAGAUCCAGACCCUUAAGUUGGCGUCACGCUACAUUGACUUUCUGUACCAAGUUCUACAGAGUGAUGAGAAUGACUCUAAGCUUGCUGGAUGUAAUUACCUUGCCCAUGAGAGACUGAGCUAUGCUUUCUCCGUUUGGAGGAUGGAGGGAGCCUGGUCGAGCAUGUCUGCUGGUCACUAGCCCUGUCUGAGAACCCCUAAAACAUAUGAUGAGGAAUCCCUCAUGACAGGAAAACAUUUUACAUACACAGAAAGCUGAAGUGACAUCUGAUCUGUGCCUGCUCAUCAGAGGACUAUUUACCACCCCAACUCAGGUGAUGUGUUUACAUUAAUGGAAAGACACGUCAUUAGAUGACAAAUUUUAUGUGAGCAUUUGGAUGGGACACAUUUUAAAGCCACUCCUGCCUUAUGAAGUGUGUAGUUUUCAUUGUUGGCAGGCCACAUAUCAGAUGUCAUGGUGCCAAUGGUGGGUUCCAAAAUUGCACCAGUAUGCUCAAGUAUGACAGCUACCUUUUUUAAAGACUUUUUUUGUCAUUUUUAAAAAUAUGUAGUAUGUAUUUGUUCGCAAAGAUCACAAUGAAGGACAGGACAGAUGAAAGACAGAAACAGUCAGUCUUCGUUCAUCAGUUGUCCCAUUCAUCACCCUGACUGUUAUGGAAUCCCAGUCCUAAACUUUGCUUCUACAUGACAGCCUUUGACUCCCUCUGCUGGAGCCCUCUGACCCCUCGGCUUUCUCAGCUUCUGAAACUUGACACCUGGUUUCUUCCUCAUCAACACCCCUGAUUUUACCACCAAGAUCAGUAUCAUUAUCAUCACUGCCAUCGUCAUCGUCAUAGGUACAUCUUUGCUCCUUGCUACACUUUCUGCCCAUUUUAUAUGGACUUUAAAACAAAUGGAAACCUUUAGGUACCUCACUGUUGGAUAAAAGUACAAUAUAAAAUGGUAUUAAAAGGCAUAUUGGUCAAGCUGAAGACUCACACGGGGAAAGCGGAUCAACUAAACCACCAAAGAGCUGUCAUUUAUCGAGAAGAAACUGUUAAUACAGGACAAGCAGGAACACUAUUGUUCAGUUUUUUGUUCAAUGCUAUUUUUUUCCAUGGAUUUUAUUCGAUGGCAAUUUGUAUUAUACCUGCCACUGUAGUUAAAGCAAGAUCCCAUUUUGUCAAGAAAUUGGUGUCGUGGUCUCUUGUGCAGUUUACAGGCAGAUUUUGCUUUUUAUGAGCAAUUACUUGAACUAUAUGCAAUGUGAUGCUUUACAAAAAUGAGUGUCACUGAUGCAGGGUGACUGAUUCUGAAUAUGGCACGUAGAAAGAUUUACAUGCAGUGAUGCCGCUCACAUUUUUGUCUGAGAAAUAAAACUAUCUCCAAACUUU